CUUCAUCUCUACAGGCGUGGCGUGCGGACUUCCGUCUUCCUCCACAGACCUCAUAUAAAAUGACAGCGACAUUGCGACCCUACCUGAAUGCGGUGCGUGCCACUCUUCAAGCAGCCCUGUGUUUGGAGAACUUCUCCUCUCAGGUGGUGGAGCGACACAAUAAGCCAGAAGUAGAAGUUAGGAGCAGCAAAGAGCUUCUGUUGCAGCCGGUGGUCAUCAGUCGCAAUGAAAAGGAGAAAGUUCUUGUCGAGGGCUCCAUAAACUCUGUAAGAGUCAGCAUUGCUGUCAAACAGGCUGAUGAGAUUGAGAAGAUCCUGUGCCAUAAAUUUAUGAGGUUCAUGAUGAUGCGAGCAGAGAACUUCUUUAUUUUGCGGAGAAAGCCUGUUGAGGGCUAUGACAUCAGCUUCCUCAUCACCAACUUCCACACAGAACAGAUGUAUAAACACAAGCUGGUGGACUUUGUUAUUCAUUUCAUGGAAGAGAUUGACAAGGAGAUCAGCGAGAUGAAGUUGUCGGUCAAUGCACGAGCCAGAAUAGUCGCUGAGGAAUUCCUAAAGAAUUUUUGAGGAUCCAUGUCGCAUUCCUAAUGACCAUCAGAGAUUGGUGUUGCUUUGGUUCUUGUGGACGAAAACAUUCGAAAGUUUUGUUUAAUCGCAGCAGAGCAAAUGGGGAUCAGUUUAUUAGUUAGUGACCAAUCAGCAAGAAGAUCCACAGGAACAACCGAGCAAUCCUGCAGCACCUGCAGUCCCCUUUGCCUUCUGUUCAAGGUGCUCCAUGUGCCCAUGGAUAUUGAUAACUGUAGAUUUAGUCAAGAGUUUAUUAAUCUCACUUUCUUUUGUGUAGAGGAGGUCAAGGCAGGUCCUUAAAAGUAUUACCUGUAAUUAAUAUUGAUGGGCACGGGAAUCUUGUUGAUGAACUGUAGAGUAUUUCUCUGUUGUCUUUUAUAUACGUGUACUCGCCUGUUUUCAUUUUUGUUACAAUUCAAAAAAAAGGAGUUAAAUUCAAUGUUAUAGAUAUCAUGAGGAUAAAGAAGAAUUGGUGUUUAUAUUUUGUCACAACGACUCUCCAAGAUGAUAAGUAUAUAAAAAAUUGCAUUAAAUAUAAAGCCAAUAAAUUCAAUAAAAAUAUACUAAGCUUUCUGUA